CUGAGACAACGUCUGCGUGCAGCACGCUGAGCAGAAGGCACCGCCUCAGUGAGGCCACAAAUCACGUGACCACCGAGGCCUGACCCGAGCCUGAUGAGCCCAACAAAACACGAGCGGAUGCAGUCAUAACAGCAGACAGAGAGGUCAUUCCCAGAGGUUUCAUUCUGCUGCACAAAUCACGUCAAAAUGAACAGCAGUACUCUUCAGGUCAAUGUGGAACACUGGAUUGCAGAAAAUCAGAAUGCAUUCCUGCCCCCAGUGUGCAACAAACUCAUGCACUUCUCCCAGCUGCUUGUCAUGUUUGUCGGAGGCCCUAACACCAGGAAGGAUUAUCACAUAGAGGAAGGGGAGGAGUUAUUCUACCAGUUGAAGGGGGACAUGUGUCUGAAGGUGAUUGAAAAUGGUAAACACAAGGAUGUACACAUCAAAGAGGGAGAGAUGUUUCUGCUGCCAGCUCGGAUCCCUCACUCCCCCCAGAGACAGGCUAACACCGUGGGCUUGGUGAUGGAAAGGAGAAGACUGCUCACUGAAACCGACUGCCUGAGGUACUAUGUAGACAACACCACUAACAUCCUAUUUGAAAAAUGGUUCUACUGUCAGGAUCUAGGAACCCAGCUGGUGCCAAUAAUCAAGGAGUUCAUGGCAUCCAAGCAGUGCAAAACGGGGAAACCUGAUCCAAAUGAAGUCUUCAGGGAACCUCCUUUCCAGCUGAACACCAUGAAUGUGAUGACGCCCUUCUCCUUCAAAGACUGGCUGGAAAAACAGAGGCCAUCUUUGGGGAAUGGCAGGCCCAUCGACAUGUUCGGAGCUCAGUUUGAGACUGAGGCGAUGGUGUUCGGACCUGGACUCACAGAGAUGACAACACCCCAAACUGAUGUGUGGGUUUGGCAGUUGGAGGGAUCUUCUACAGUGACUAUGAAUGAGCAGGAGUUCAGUCUCUCUGCAGGAGACAGUUUGCUCAUUCCCGAGCAGAGCCAAUACCAGUGGCAGAGAGCUGAGGGGACUGUCGCCUUGGUUGUGAUCCAAAACCCAGAGAGGAAGAGACCUUAAGCACCAACCGUCAAAUCACACCUGCAUUGAAACAUAUGCUGGGAGGGGAGCUCGAAUUAUUUAAAUGAGCUCGAAAAACUGAAAGUAUUUUAUGUAUAAAACAAAUACAGUAAGUAGCAUAGACCAUGUAGUAAGGGUAGACAGUAGACAGUAGUAAUGAACAAUGAUGAUGCUAUAUUCUUGCAUUCAUCAAUCACUACAUGUAAUUUUAUGUGAGAGUGAAAUGCAUAUAUAAAAACAUGCAGUCUGAGCAUUUGCCCUUUCCUUGUAAGCUGGCUGUCACUCAUAAACUGCAUUUCUAGUGUCUGUAAUGACUUAAAAACACAAGUUUCAACAGGUAUCAGAAACACAACGUUGUUGUCAGAUGAACUUUUCCAACGAACUGCUUCAUAGCCACCUACACAUUUUGUGUAGUUGCUUACAAAACUGACAUGUAGAACCUGUUGCUGUUUCAUAAACCUUUUAGCCCCUUGAAUAAAAUUUGAAUAGUUCCUGAAAACACAGUAGUGAACUGAAACACCAAGCUAACAGGAAUUUGACUCCUUAGCAGGCUGCCUGUUCACGUCUGUUCACGUCAACCAGCAGACUGACAGUUUUGGAGCCAAACCCAAUGCUUUGUUUGGAUUUUUGUAACCAAAUUAAUUCUGUUUAAUAACAUUACGGUCAUAUCUAGUGUUAGUUUUACAAUUACUUAAAAGAAAUGAAUUUGAUUACUUCCCAGUAAAAAGUAAUUUGUUAUGCUGCUUUUUUAUAUUCUUUUCAUGUUACUCAAUAGCAUGUCCUGAAAUACACUGUGACAUAUUUACCAGUUACCAGUAUGACCCUUAGGCUACAGUCCCACAUAAUAAGAUAAAUUAUUUUCUUAAAAAGAGCAAUUUUUCUUUUAAGGUUAUGUUUGAACACAAAACAAAGUUUAAAACCAUCACAUAGACUUCAAAGUGUUGCCACUGUGAUUCUAAAAAUGAAUAGAGCGCUGUAGCAUUCAUUAAAGUGAGCAAAUCUUCAUGUAAAAAUUAUUUAUCUCUUUUUACUUUUCUUACUUGUAGCUGUAUUAAUUGAUACCCUCAAUCAUUAAAUACUCAUCAACCCAAGCAUGAACUCUAAGUCACAUCUGUAUUAGAAAGUGCUGUCCUGCUCACUGAAAAGCAUUUCAUGGACUAACACAUAAAGACUAAAUGAUGUAAACCCUGCAAUAAAAGUGAUUAAAGAAUGUGAAAACUGUA